CCCUCGCACCAGCGGGUGUGGGAGGCGGCAGCAGAAGUUCCCUCGAAGUAACCUGCCGCCUCCCGGCCGGCUCUCGGACGAGGGAGCGUGAGGUUUAAAAGCUGCUGGAGACACGCUCGCUGGCUAUAAACUGCAGGCAGGCCUGAUUCGGCCGUCUCCUGGCGUAUUGCCGCAGGAGUUUGGAGCAUGUGAGGAGCUGCCGGAGGAAUCACUAAUACUUUCAUUUGUGCUUCCUCAGAUGCUCCUGCCCCGGUCUGUGCCUUUAGAAGUGUGACGCUCAUCGGUGCUGGGAGCAGCCUGCUGCGGGACGGACAAUAUCAUCACACAGCCAAGAUGGUGGCAUUUAACUGGAAGGCUUUGGAGAAUUUCCCAUUGCUGAUGUACAUUUUGGCCGCUAAAACAUUGAUUCUUUGCUUAGCAUUUGCUGGAGUAAAAAUGUACCAGAGCAAAAAAAUUGAAGAAAAACUGAAGAGGGAACGUGAAGAGAAAUUUAAAACAGAAGUAGAGAAGAAGGAUGAUUAAAGAGUCUCAGAAAUAAAGGCUUAGACGUGUAGCAGUGCCGACAGAAUAUUGUUCCUGUAUCCCUCCUUCUUUCCUCUGUGCAUUUCUCUCCGUAAUUCCUCCACAUGGUCGCUGCAGAAGGAAAUUUCAAAGAACAAGUUCACAGAGGCAGAGGCUGGGCUUCGAGCGAUGUUGGUUGCAUUUCCACUACCUGGCCAGCCUUCUCCCAGUUCUCAGACGUGGCACAAAAUGGGCCCCACUCUGCCUGCUCAGUCACAGAAGCUCACACCUUGUGUCCCAUCAUUACAUCCCUGGCUUGGGCCUCUGUAGGCUCUUGCCCCAGGUGCAUUUGUCCCAUCUGUACCCUGGGUUGCAUCAUGCUAUUAGGACAGAGGACUUGAAAAUAGGGAAAAAACUGUGUUGAGCCUAUCAUUACAGGCCUGCUUCAUGAGCUGGAGGGAAAUAAAAGUUUUUUCCA